AUGGAGAUAAAGACUUGCGGGAAACCAAUUGAUUCUUUGCUGGAGAAGGUUCUUUGUAUGAAUAUUCUGUCUUCUGAUUACUUUAAGGAGCUUUAUCGUUUGAAAACAUACCAUGAAGUGGUGGAUGAAAUUUAUAAUCAAGUUGAUCAUGUGGAGCCAUGGAUGACUGGAAACUGCCGUGGUCCUUCAACAGCAUUCUGCCUUCUGUACAAGUUUUUUACCAUGAAACUUACUGUAAAGCAGAUGCAUGGGCUGUUAAAGCAUGAGGAUUCGCCUUACAUCAGAGCGAUUGGAUUCCUCUACUUGCGUUAUGUUGCAGAUCCGAAGACUCUCUGGAAUUGGUUUGAGCCUUAUGUUAAAGAUGAGGAGGAAUUUUCACCAGGAUCCCAUGGACGAAUGACUACAAUGGGUGUAUAUGUGCGUGAUUUGCUCCUUGGACAGUACUACUUCGAUACCCUUUUCCCUCGUAUUCCAGUUCCUGUUUUACGGCAAGUUGUUGCUAAUCUCGAGAAGUUGAAGCUUCCCAGCAAACAUUCAGGUGUGACAGGGGAAACACAUCGAAUUGGGUCUGAAGACACCGCACGGCGGCCACCUUCUGUAAAAGCUUCACUUUCAGUUUCAUUUGGACAACGAGCUCCACAUCGUGCCUCAACUAGGGACUCAUCCCCGGUUCGUCGUACACUACCACCAUCUGCUAAUGACAAAGAUAAUGGCGAUGAUGUACGAAGAUCUCCUAGCAGUCGCCGUAGUCAAAGUCGCGAACAUCCAGAUAAUGGAGAGAGGAGCAGGGAUAGAGAUUACGACAGGGAGAGGAGCAGGGAUCGAGAUCACGAUAGGGACAGAAGCAGGGAUAGAGAUCAUGACAGGGACAGGGGGAGGGACAGAGAUCGAGAUCGUGAUCGUGACAGAGAAAAAUAUAGAGAUCGGGAGAGGGACCGAGAUAGAGAUAGAGAUAGAGAUAGAGAUAGAGAUAGAGAGAGAGAGAGAGAAAGAGAGAGAGUUAGAGAGAGGGAGAGAGAUAGGGACAGAGAACGAAGUUAUGAUUAUGAUCGAAGGUCUCACUAUGCGGAUAGAGAUAGUAGAAGGGACUACGAAAAGAGUAGCCGUGAUGAUGGCAGUAGGCACUAUCGAAGGAGUCGAAGCCGAAGUAGGAGCAGGAGCAGAAGUCGAAGUCUACAAACAGUGAAUGCCCAUCACGAGCGAGUGCCAAGUCCUGUAAGAGAUGGGAACACCGAUAAGACAUCUAAUAUAUCAAGCAACCUGGCAAAACUUAAAGAUAUCUACGGCGAUGUGAGCGAUCAGAAGGGGGAUUGUAGCAAAGAAAGAGUUCCUAAAAGGGAUGGCAGUGGUGAAGAGGUGUUUAGAUUGGGUGGUGGUUCCUGGAAAUAGUGAGAGAUGAGUCCACUGUAUUGAAUGCACCAUGUUAUCUUCAUUUAGAAUACAGAUUUUAGUUUCUUUUGGGAAAGGGAAAGAAAAGAAGUGAAUUUGUUGCUUGAUUCAUCAUCUCUCCAAAAAUCUAUUUCAUCUAAAAUGUAAUAGAACCUGAACCAUGGUGGCUGUGUAGUGUAGUAGAUUAUGAUAGAAUUGAGUUGGUUACUGCUACUGCUUGUUUUAUGUUUGGAUGGACAGAGGAAGCCAAUGGAACUUCUCUAUAUACACUGAUUACUUCCUUUGAUUCAAGGUUUUUCCCUUAAAAA